CAAAAGUUAGUUAUUUCAGCUACAGAUCGUCUUCGUGUUCAAAUAUACCAGUUUGCUACUCUCUAGGUCACUCUUCUUUUUUGAAAUUUUAGGCGUGAUGGGGGGAACAAUGAAGAAAAAGCACACGAAGGGUCAGGUUGUUGCGUUUCUCAGCCAAAAGCAGGCAAUGAGACGCCUGCAGCUAAACCUUCCUAAUUUCAGGCGGCUAUGUAUAUUGAAAGGGAUAUACCCAGUAGAACCCAGAAGUAGAAAGAAAGUUGGAAAGGGAAACAGUCAACCCAGGAUUUAUUAUAAUGCGAAAGAUAUAGCGUUUCUGUCACAUGAACCUUUGAUAGAAACGUUUAGGAAACUUCGGGUAUUCCAUGUAAAGCUCAAGAAAGCACGAGAGAGAAAAGAUAAAGAAAAGGAGUUUCGAGUAAGGAUAAAUAAGCCAAGAUAUACGCUUCAUCAAAUCGUCAAAGAAAGAUACCCUACGAGGCAGGAUGCUUUGCGGGAUAUAAGUGACAGCCUUAACUUGCUGUUUCUCUUCGAGAAGCUUCCUAAACUUACUCAAUUCCACCCCUCUUUAAUCUCUAUCAGUCGAAGAUUGUGUGUGGAAUUUUUGAAUCUUGUUGUUGCAACUCAGGCAGUUCGAAAGGCAUUUAUUAGCAUAAAAGGAUUUUAUGUCCAAGCUGAAAUCGAUGGAAUUCCAGUAGUCUGGAUUAUGCCACAUGCUUCUGUUACUCAUACCCCAACUGAUGUUGAUUACCGUAUACUAGCAACAUGUCUGGAAUUCGAUGCUACAUUUAUUGGGUCUUUGAUGUGUCAUUUGUACCGAAUCAAUAACCUAGUUUACCCCCCAAAACUCGCCGUGCGUGUUGAGCAUGAUCCGAAUGGAUACUACUGUGGCCAAAAAGAGAGUCUUUUUGAGUUUAUGUCGUCCCUCAGCUUUCCGUUAAAGCGCACAGAACCAUCAAACGAUGUCGACGUUGAUGAUUUGACAGAGCUGCAGGCUAUUGAUGAGCAGGUUUCGCAAGCGAUAAGUAAGCAAAUAGAAGUUCAAAACGUGAAAAAACUUUUCAAGAACAAACGGUUUUUCCUUAUGCGUGAAGUUCCGCGAGAAGUGAUAUGUUUGAUUAUACGAUCUUGUGGCGGGGAGUGUUCCUGGGAUAAAAUUGUUUCUCCAGGAUAUACAUUCCAAGAAGAUGAUCCUACUAUUGACUAUCAAGUAGUAGAUCGUCCGAUGAUGGAUAUGAAAUUGACACGUUACUAUGUCCAACCACAGUGGAUUUUCGACUGUUUAAAUUCAGGGAGACUGCUACCAACACAAGAUUACUUACCGGGUUGUAGUCUCCCACCUCAUUUAAGUCCGUUUAUUGGAAGUUCUGGUACUGAUGAACUUUUAGACACAGCAGUUAUGUCACUUUCAAACCGUGGUGGACUUGUCGGUGUCGCUCCUGGAUUUGGGGAUGGUGCAUCCAUCUAUCGUCCACCAGAGGCUGAUUACCUUGCUGGUUUGGUGAGUCUGGCUGAAAUCCGUGGAGCUAGAGUCCAAGCCCAGUCUGAAGGCACUAUUGAGAGUCAGUCAGAAGUGGAUAAUGACCUUUUGGAUGAUUCUUCCACUAAAAAGCAAAAUGAUUUAAAAACAAAUGUGCAGACAAAGGAGCGAUGUAAACUUAAGAAAGUUUCAAAAGGUAAGGAACCCAAAGUAACACCUGGUCGAGCUGAAAGCAAAACAGUUAAGAUGUACAAAGAGAAGGAGGAAGCAAAUGCUGAACGUAAGUUAAGGGAGUUAAUGUUGCCGAAAAAACACAAAAAUGUAUAUAAGAAAAUGGUACAUUCUAUCAAGCGAAAGGAAAAAGAAGUACGCCAGUUGGAAGCAAAAAGACGUCGAAUUGACAUGGGAACCGGAUGAAAACUGUAAUUACUCGAUAUAAUUUAUACGACAAAAUAAAAUAAUCAGACAUUUGAAUCUUUUUUUUUCAUUAAAGGUGGAUGAGCAGAAAACUAGUUGUUCGAGCAUUUUUCUGUCAGCUAAUUAGUUACAAGUUCAAACUUGAACCGUAUGUCCAUGACUAACUGAAAAGUGUCGACUGAUGAGAUUCCACUCAAUAAAUAGGAAAAGGUUUUCUUUCCGAUUAUUUACGAAUUUUCAUUGUAAUGUUCGUUUGACUAUCGUACCAUUACUUUUGUGAUUUGAUUCGCGUUCACAACGAAUACUAAACUUAAAAGUGUAUUUUCACCAAUUUAUUGGAGCUCACAGGUCAAAGAAAACUCAGAUAUACUUCCUGUAUCAUGGGUUUACUUGACCCCUAAUUUAGGACUUCCAAUCGUUGC